AUGACCUCCGCACCGCGUAUAGCCGAACACCAAGACGCAUACCGGACUUAUGGGCCUCCUCCGAGCAACUUCUACAUGUCGCGUACUACCACUGGAAUGAUCUAUGCGGACCAUAGUUCAAGUACCGUAGUCACCACCAAGCGACAAGGUGCAAGCAGCAACCACCCUUACUCGAUCGCCGGCCAAGCCGCUCACCCACGUCCGGGAAUCGCUGGAGAAAAGCCACACACUCGGGUGUCAACUAUGGGUCUCUUCCCCCCUCCGGUUGAAUACGUGCCAGGCUCAACUAGAUGGCGUUGGCAUCAGGAUGGUUGGUCGUCAGCAUUCGCUGCGGCUGCGGCACAAAAAGGUAUUACCCAGACGGCAGACCAGAUCCAGCAAUGCUACGACGAUCUCACUACACACCCGGACAUUAUGGCGAAGAAGUCAGCUCUUCUCUACGAUCCUAUCGAUCGAGAUACCGCAGUCUUUAGGGACGAGUCAACUGCGUCUCUAGUGGCUAGAUACGGCUCCCCUGAGACUCCAUUCAGUUUAGUCAUCAUAUGCCCGCCACCAAUCUAUGCGAGAUGGUCUACUGGGGAGCAGGCGAUCCAUGAGCCACUGGUGCUUAUGUGCAUACCGAAGAUUGAGACUAGAACUGGUAGAGAGUCAUACAACAAGGAUGCAGAUUGGUUUUCGGUUGAUCCAAAUCCCGGCUCCGAUUUUGAGAACGAGUUCAAUCUCAUGUCGAGAAGGUGGUCUGAAGAGGACUUAGUCACGAUGAUGGGCCACUUGAGCUUUCCUACGCAACUCGGAAGCGAUGCCCUUCGAUGGACUCUCGUUCGUCUCCAUCGGUGCAUUGCCAUGGGUGAGCAGGUCGAUGACAACGACCUGGGUUGCUGGAUCGAACAAUAUGGUCAGUAUCUACUGAGGCGAAAUGACGACCCUCCUCCUGCGUUCAGGUUCAAUGCAAACAGGUCCUACACAGGCCGACUGAACGUUCGGUACCGCCAACUUACAGCAAUGGUUCUGAACCGAAAGCUUUUCCCCUCAGAUCCUCCGUCCUUCGCGAGGCGGUGGGAUGAUGCCAUCCAAGCCCUCAUCGCAUACAACCUUGAGCAAGACAACGAGAAGUCAAAAGAGUUGUGGUCAUCUUUUAGAAAGCUGCUGAAUUACGCCAGCAGGCCCUGA